UCCGAACACACCUCCAACAUUUCGGGGGAAUUGAACCGUAGCAUCCAUUGCGCUACUUGCAUCGCAUGUUGCAGCCAAAAAGGGUGAAGCAUGUGAUCUUAUUACCGCGCUUAUCAUUGGAAAUGGCUCCGUCGUUUGACGAAGGACUAGGGUCUAACUAGAAUGAAUAUUGCGACCAGAACAGCUGCACAAGCACCGCCCCUUCUCUGCGCUCGUCCCGUUCCCAUCUUCUCUUUCCGAGGUGUCCGCAAGUUGGGGUUUGUGCCCCAGUUAAAACAGAGUUGGAGGCUGAACAGAAAAUUGCCCAUAAAUAUGGCUUGGAGUGUUGAGAAUUCUGAGGUACAAGUUGAAAGCAAGAUUGAAGCCGUUCGUCCAGCAGAGGAUGCUUUUGCUGCAGAAGCAGUUGAAGCUUUGAAAGCUGGCAAGGUUAUUGCUGUACCCACUGAUACACUCUAUGGGUUUGCUUGUGAUGCUUGCUCGUUGGAAGCAGUUAACCGAAUUUAUGAGAUUAAAGGACGUAAACAUACAAGCCCCUUGGCAAUUUGUUUGGGGGACGUAUCAGACAUAGAGCGUUUUGCAGUGACUGACUAUUUGCCUCGCGAUCUGCUUGAUUCCCUCCUUCCAGGUCCUGUAACUGUUGUACUGAAACGAGGAGAAUCAAGCCUUCUUGAACGAUCUUUGAACCCAGGAUUUUAUAGCAUAGGGGUCAGAGUGCCUGACAGCAAUUUCAUUCGGCUCAUUGCUCGUAGUUCAGGUACUGCCUUGGCCCUUACCAGUGCAAACCUAAGCGGACAGUCAAGUAGUGUUUGCAUCAAGGAUUUUGAGGACCUUUGGCGACACUGUGCCUACGUCUAUGAUGCUGGUUUGCUUCCAUCAGGACGCGCAGGUUCCACUAUCGUGGACCUCACCGUACCAUCCAAGUACAAGAUACUCAGAGCUGGAAGUGCAAAGGAAGAGACAGUGGCCAUCUUGGAGAAGCAUUUUCUGGUUGAAGAAGUAAAUGAGCGGUGAUUGAUGUGGAGUGCUUCCAUCAUGAGAUACGUAGUGAUUCACACAUUUCCUUUAGCUAAAUCGCAUUUUACAUUACCAGAAAUGAACCCGUGGAAAGUGUACCUUUAUUCUCCAGAUAUUUACCUUUUGGUCUUUUCCCUUCCAUCCAGCCAGUGAAAAAUGUUUGAGUUUAAUCUUUAAAAUGAUGGUUUUUUUAAAAAAAUUUUACAACAUAAAUGAUGGGUUGUUUGAGCACAACCAUAGUGUUAGCAUAUGAUUGAGUGUUUUAUUAUUGAUUGUUUAUGUGACUAUUUAAACUAUGCCUUUGCCUACUUUUAAUAUAACUUCACCAAAUAAUUA